AUGGAUGAUAUUGUAAUCCUUGAUUCCUCAGAUGAUGAAGAAGUUCGUAAAAAGAAGCCAAAAUUUUCCGAAAGCACGUCGGGCUCUUCAUCAUCUUCUUCAAAAACAGCAUGGACGGAAUUGUUUAACAAGAAAAAGGCUUCUGUAAACAAUGCUUCAAAGUCGUUGUCAAAAGAAAAAGAAAAGGUGUCUAUGAAAGCGAAAAUUGGGAUGAAAAAAAAGCAGGACCCAUCCCCUACUAAGGAAAAACUUUCUGAUUCACAGGAAACUAUCACGACAUCUGACUUUACAGAAAAUCCCGAAGCUGUUGGAACUGGAGAACCUCUGAUUAGAGCAUCUGAGAUUAUAGCAAGGCGAGAUAAGGUGCUCAUAGAUGUUUUCAAGCACCAUAAAUUCAAAAGCCAAUUGCAAAUGAAAGCGACUAACACCAUUCUGAAAAGACAAACCGAUGUAUAUGUUUCCCUUCCAACAGGAGCUGGAAAAUCAUUGUGCUACCAACUACCUGCCAUUGUUCACGGCGGGGUUACAAUUGUCAUUUCCCCUUUGAUUGCUUUAAUGAAAGACCAAAUUUGUUCUUUAAGAAAAAAGGGAAUCCCAUGUGAAUAUUUUAAUUCAAGUUUAACACCAGAUCAGAAAUCAGAAAUUACAAAGGAAUUAACGAAAGAAAAAACCACGAUUCGAAUGCUUUACAUCACGGCAGAGGGAGCCGCAACGGAUUCGAUGAAAAGACUUAUAGCAGGUUUACAUAAGCGAAAAGUUCUUCGAUAUGUUGUGGUAGAUGAAGCUCACUGCGUAUCACAAUGGGGUCAUGAUUUCAGGCCUGACUAUUUGACGUUAGGAAAAUUGAGAGAAGUGUGUCCGGGAAUUCCUUGGAUUGCUUUAACCGCUACUGCGAACAAGAAAACCGAGGAAGAUAUCAUUUUUCAGCUGAAAAUGAGGAAUUUCUUAAGCUUUAAGGCGAGCACUUACAGAGAUAACUUAUUUUAUGAUGUUAUUAUGAGGGAUCAUUUAAAUGUUGCACCCGAGAAUCACCUCGCUUCUUUUAUUGUACAAUGCCUCACACCUACUAAAAAGCCUCUACACCAUAAUGCAAUCAAAGAAGAGAAGGGCAGGAGGACUGAAAAUAAAAAGACUCUCGUUGGCAGCGCAAUUGUUUACUGUAGGUCUCGAAACGAAUGUGAGCAGAUGUGCUCUAUGUUAUGUAAAGCUGGGAUCAAAUCUAUGGCCUAUCAUGCUGGUCUCGGAAAGAAAGAGAGAAACGAUGUUCAGGAAAAAUGGAUGGCCAACGAAGUAGCCGUUGUUGCGGCAACAGUUGCGUUUGGAAUGGGAAUUGAUAAAGCGGAUGUUAGACUCGUUGUGCAUUGGUCGGCAUCACAGAACUUAGCCGCUUAUUAUCAGGAAGCCGGACGUGCCGGACGAGACGGACAACGAAGUUACUGUCGAAUAUAUUACUCACGACAAGACAAAAAUGCGUUGAGCUUUCUUGUGUCUGGAGAAAUUGGAAAAUUGAAGAAAAAAGCGAGCAAAAAGGGUCCUGAGGCGGAGAAGGCUGAAAUGCAGAUCAAAUCUAUCCAAACGGGACUCACUAAAAUGCUUGAAUACUGCGAGGGGUUGGAAUGUCGUCACGUUACUAUUGCAAAAUUUUUUGAUGAUACGGACUCACGACCUUGUGGUUCGAAUUGCGAUUAUUGCCGGGAUCCAAACUUGACAAGAAGAAAUUUAGAAACAUUCAAAAACUAUGAAGCAAAUCCAAACCCUAGCAAUUCGAGAUAUAACAGGAAAUCCCGAGAUGGCAGAUGUGAUGACGAUGAUUUAUAUGGAGGUGGAAGAAGCGGUCGAGACUACGACGAUGACUGUCUGCAGCGUGAAUGCUCGUCCGCAAAGGAUGUCAUUGAUCGUAUGGAAGAAGCCGAGGGGCGUCGAAUGAGAGGAAUCAUUGCGAGUGAAUUGGCUAAACGGAAAAGAUCAAGACGAUCCAGUCCGGUUUCGCAUCGAUUCGAAAACUCAACACCAGCUACUGAUAUACACGUUCUGAAUCCAGAGCAAAAGUUGGUACCGAAAGUCACCCUUCAGACACGCGAAACGUUUGCAAGAGCCUUAAAAGCAGCACUUGAGAGCAACUGGAUGGGUGUUCCCCUGAAUGGCAUGACGCCGUUGAAUGGCGCAGAAUCGCUUGAGUGGAUUGUUUUCAGCACCACAAAAUCUGAAAUGACAUAUAGGAAUAAAAUAUCGCAAAAGGUCAUGGAGAUUAAAAAGAUGACGAAAGAAUGCAAGACUUUUGAGAUGGAAAAUACCAGUGUCGAACAAUCCGGAUUCGUAAAAGCGUCAAGUUUGAUCUAA